AUGCAGUCCUUUCUCUUCAUUGUUAUGUUGAUUUCCUUGAGCUUCAAUGCUCUCGCCAUUCCAGUGGCAUCUGGCAAUCGCCUUGGACGCCGGUCGUUCAAGGUUGAACAUGCCAAACGCGGUGACUAUGCCGUCCACGGUCCCGCGGCUCUGCGCAAAGCGUAUCGCAAGUUCGGUAUCGAUACGACUACUCUCACUGGUGUUGAUGUGAGUGACUUCAAGCCUUUCGACACCAAGACGACUACUUCUGGGAAGAACGUCAAGGAGGAUGCGGUGGAAUUUGACCAGACGGGCUCUGUCACGGCAACUUCGGUUCAAGGGGACGUCGAAUUCAUCUCACCUGUCACCAUUGGUGGUCAGACUCUGGACAUGGACUUUGAUACUGGAUCUGCUGAUUUCUGGGUGUUGAACUCCAGACUCCCAGAGUCCGAGCGAAAGAACCGCACUGUCUUCGAGCCCAGCAAGUCCAAGACAUACAAAGACGUCAAAGGCAGCACCUUCAAGAUUCACUACGGAGAUUCCUCUUCCGCUUCGGGUGGUGUUGGCACGGACACCGUCUCAAUUGGCGGCGUGGAAGUUGAAAACCAAAUGAUCGGUAUUCCAACACAUGUGUCUGAGACAUUCACCGAUGACGAGGACUCCAAUGGACUAGUCGGACUCGGUUUCUCGUCGAUCAACACCAUCGACCCAGGCCCACAAAAGACUUUCUUCGACAACGUCGUUUCUACCCUCGACGAGCCCGUUUUCUCCGUUCGUCUGCUCGCUGAUGGCGUGGGAGAAUACGAGUUCGGCACCAUCGAUCAUUCCAAGUAUAAGGGCGUUCUUGCCAACGUCAGCGUCGAUUCCUCCAAGGGUUUCUGGCAGUUCGGCUCAGCACAGUACUCUGUCGGGGGUGGUACCUUCAAUCCCAUCAAGGAAGUUCCUGAGGCAAUUGCCGACACAGGCACUUCGCUCAUGCUGGUGAGCCCUGACGUUGCCAAGGAGUAUUAUAAGCAGGUUGAUGGCGCCAUCUAUGCCAACAACGCUGGCGGCUAUAUCUACCCCUGCACUGCCAAGUUGCCCAGCCUGGCCGUUGCAGUUGGCACCGCUUAUUCGGCUACUGUGCCUGGUUCGCUGGUCAACUUCUCCGAGGUUGGAACCAACACCACCACUGGUGAGACUGUGUGCUUUGGCGGUAUUCAGUCGAAUGCAGGCUCAAGCCUUGCCAUCUACGGUGAUGUGUUCUUGAAGGCCCUCUUCGUGGUCUUCGAUCACCGCGGACCUUCUCUGGGAUUCGCAGCCCCUGUGUAA